CUGCGCCGAGCCCGCUCCGCGGCGGCUGCGGGAGCGGCGGGGCCGCAGCGGCCGCGGGCGAGCGGGCGAAGGACGGGAGGAGGCGGGGGAGCGGCGGGGCUCGGGCGCCCCGCGGUGCCGCAGCAACGCCGUGCCCGUUGCAGGCUGGGAUUUCAUCCCCAGAGAUCCACCCCCUCGAUUCUCAAAGCUCCGGCGCCUUUUUCCUCUGAAGCGCCUCCGAGAAGCUGGAAAAUGCACUGACUGACUCCCCAAGACCUGGUUACUGGAAGCCUCCCACGUGGUCCAAUAAUACUCUCAGCCAACCUUAUUUUCUAUUAAAUGAAGUUUAAUUUUGAGGUGCUGCAGUAGGAGGCUGCGGGUGCUGGGCACCAUGGUGGCCCUGUCCCUGAAGAUCUGUGUCCGCCACUGCAAUGUGGUGAAGACCAUGCAGUUCGAGCCCUCCACGGCCGUGUACGAUGCCUGCAGAGUCAUCCGGGAGAGAGUGCCCGAGGCUCAGACAGGCCAAGCCUCUGACUAUGGAUUGUUCUUGUCAGACGACGAUCCUCGAAAAGGUAUAUGGCUGGAGGCUGGAAGAACACUGGAUUAUUACAUGCUGAGGAAUGGGGAUAUAUUAGAGUACAAAAAGAAACAGAGACCUCAGAAAAUACGGAUGUUGGAUGGCUCGGUGAAAACAGUCAUGGUGGAUGAUUCUAAAACAGUUGGGGAGCUGCUGGUUACCAUUUGCAGCAGGAUAGGGAUAACCAAUUAUGAGGAAUAUUCCUUAAUCCAGGAAAGCAUCGAAGAGAAGAAAGAGGAGAGUACAGGGACACUAAAGAAAGACAGGACACUGCUACGGGAUGAGAGGAAAAUGGAAAAACUGAAGGCAAAGCUCCACACAGAUGAUGACUUGAACUGGCUGGAUCACAGCAGGACCUUCAGAGAGCAGGGCGUCGAUGAAAACGAGACGCUGCUGUUGAGAAGGAAGUUCUUUUAUUCAGACCAGAACGUGGAUUCAAGAGACCCAGUUCAGCUUAACCUGCUUUAUGUUCAGGCUCGUGAUGACAUUCUGAAUGGUUCCCAUCCUGUCUCCUUUGAGAAGGCCUGUGAGUUUGGAGGCUUCCAAGCACAGAUCCAGUUUGGACCUCAUGUAGAACACAAACACAAACCUGGAUUUUUAGACCUAAAAGAAUUCCUGCCUAAAGAAUAUACCAAACAAAGAGGGGCUGAAAAGAGAAUAUUUCAGGAGCACAAGAACUGUGGGGAGAUGACUGAGAUAGAAGCCAAAGUGAAGUACGUGAAACUCGCCCGCUCCCUGCGCACCUACGGCGUGUCCUUUUUCCUGGUGAAGGAAAAAAUGAAAGGCAAAAACAAGCUGGUUCCUCGCUUGCUGGGUGUCACCAAGGACUCGGUGAUGAGGGUGGAUGAGAAGACCAAGGAGGUGCUGCAGGAGUGGCCACUGACAACCGUGAAACGCUGGGCUGCCUCCCCCAAAAGCUUCACUCUGGAUUUUGGGGAAUAUCAGGAAAGCUAUUACUCAGUACAGACCACUGAAGGAGAACAGAUCUCUCAAUUAAUUGCAGGUUACAUUGAUAUCAUCCUGAAAAAGAAACAAAGCAAAGAUAGAUUUGGGCUUGAAGGUGAUGAGGAGUCAACCAUGUUGGAAGAAUCUGUUUCACCUAAGAAGUCCACCAUCGUGCAGCAGCAGUUCAACCGCACCGGGAAGGUGGAGCACGGCUCGGUGGCGCUGCCCGCCGUCAUGCGCUCGGGCUCCAGCGGCCCCGAGACCUUCAACGUGGGCAUCAUGCCCUCCCCCCAGCAGCAGGUCACCGUCGGGCAGAUGCACAGGGGACACAUGCCCCCACUUACCUCAGCCCAGCAGGCCCUGAUGGGCACCAUCAACACCAGCAUGCACGCGGUGCAGCAGGCACAGGCCGACCUCAGCGAGGUGGACAACCUGCCUCCCCUGGGGCAGGACAUGGCAUCCAGAGUAUGGGUUCAGAACAAGGUUGAUGAAUCCAAACAUGAAAUACACUCUCAGGUUGAUGCAAUCACUGCAGGAACUGCAUCUGUCGUGAACCUUACUGCAGGGGACCCAGUUGACACUGACUACACUGCUGUGGGAUGUGCAAUCACAACCAUCUCUUCCAACCUCACUGAGAUGUCCAAAGGUGUGAAACUGCUCGCUGCUCUCAUGGAUGAUGAGGUUGGAAGUGGAGAAGACCUCCUGAAAGCUGCUCGAACCCUGGCCAGUGCUGUGUCAGACCUGCUGAAGGCUGUGCAACCUACUUCAGGAGAGCCUCGACAGACAGUUUUGACUGCAGCUGGAAGCAUCGGACAAGCAAGUGGGGAGCUGCUGAGGCAGAUUGGAGAGAAUGAAACAGAUGAAAGGUUCCAGGAUGUCCUGAUGAGUCUGGCCAAAGCUGUUGCCAACGCUGCUGCCAUGCUGGUGCUGAAGGCCAAGAACGUGGCACAGGUGGCCGAGGACACGGUACUGCAGAACAGGGUCAUUGCUGCUGCCACACAGUGCGCACUCUCCACUUCCCAGCUCGUGGCUUGUGCCAAGGUUGUGAGUCCCACCAUCAGCUCCCCGGUGUGCCAGGAACAGCUGAUCGAGGCUGGCAAGCUGGUGGACCGCUCGGUGGAGAACUGUGUGAGGGCCUGCCAGGCUGCCACAGACGACACCGAGCUGCUGAAGCAGGUCAGUGCCGCUGCCAGCAUCGUCAGCCAGGCGCUCAACGACCUCCUGCAGCACGUGCGGCAGUUCGCCAGCAGAGGCGAGCCCAUCGGGCGCUACGACCAGGCCACAGACACCAUCAUGUGUGUCACAGAGAGCAUCUUCAGCUCCAUGGGGGAUGCUGGUGAGAUGGUGCGGCAGGCGCGGGUGCUGGCUCAGGCCACCUCCGACCUCGUCAACGCCAUGAGGUCGGACGCCGAGGCAGAGAUUGAUAUGGAGAACUCCAAGAAGCUCCUGGCUGCUGCCAAGCUCCUGGCAGACUCCACGGCACGCAUGGUGGAAGCUGCAAAGGGAGCUGCAGCCAAUCCUGAGAACGAGGACCAGCAGCAGCGUCUGAGGGAAGCGGCAGAGGGGCUGCGGGUGGCCACCAAUGCUGCUGCACAGAACGCCAUCAAGAAGAAGAUUGUCAACAGAUUGGAGAUUGCAGCCAAACAAGCUGCAGCUGCUGCCACUCAGACCAUUGCAGCCUCUCAGAAUGCAGCUGUCUCCAACAAGAACACAGCAGCUCACCAGCAGCUUGUGCAGAGCUGUAAGAAUGUUGCAGACCACAUUCCCCAGUUGGUGCAGGGUGUGAGAGGAAGUCAAGCUCAGGCAGAAGACCUCAGUGCCCAGCUUGCUUUAAUAAACUCCAGCCAGAAUUUCCUCCAGCCUGGAAGUAAAAUGGUGGCCUCUGCCAAGGCUGCAGUGCCCACAGUGACGGAUCAAGCAGCAGCCAUGCAGCUCAGCCAGUGUGCCAAGAACCUUGCCACCAGCCUGGCUGAGCUCCGAACAGCCUCCCAGAAGGCUCACGAAGCUUGUGGUCCCAUGGAAAUCGAUUCUGCCUUGAACACGGUGCAGACCCUCAAAAACGAGCUGCAGGACGCGAAGAUGGCGGCUGUGGAAGGACAGUUAAAACCCCUCCCCGGAGAAACUCUUGAGAAAUGCACUCAGGACUUGGGAAGCACAUCCAAAGCAGUUGGAUCUUCAAUGGCCCAGUUGUUAACUUGUGCUGCUCAGGGCAACGAGCACUACACAGGAGUUGCUGCCAGAGAAACCGCUCAGGCUUUGAAGACUUUGGCUCAGGCAGCACGAGGGGUUGCAGCAUCGACCAGUGACCCCGUGGCAGCACAUGCCAUGCUGGAUUCAGCAAGGGAUGUGAUGGAAGGCUCUGCCAUGCUGAUCCAGGAGGCCAAGCAGGCCCUGGCUGCCCCAGGGGAUGCAGACAGUCAGCAGAGAUUAGCCCAGGUGGCAAAAGCAGUGUCUCACUCCUUGAAUAACUGUGUGAACUGCCUGCCUGGACAGAAGGAUGUGGAUGUGGCCUUGAAGAGUAUCGGGGAGUCCAGCAAGAAGCUCCUUGUUGAUUCGCUACCUCCGAGUUCCAAGUCAUUUCAGGAAGCUCAGAGUGAACUGAACCAGGCAGCAGCAGACCUCAACCAGUCAGCAGGAGAAGUUGUCCACGCCACACGGGGCCAAAGUGGGGAGCUGGCUGCAGCCUCGGGGAAAUUCAGCGAUGAUUUUGAUGAAUUUCUUGAUGCUGGUAUUGAGAUGGCUGGCCAAGCACAAACUAAAGAGGACCAGAUCCAAGUCAUAGGUAACCUCAAGAGCAUCUCGAUGGCUUCCAGCAAGCUCUUACUGGCUGCCAAGUCCCUCUCUGUGGAUCCUGGAGCUCCUAAUGCCAAGAACCUCCUGGCAGCAGCAGCAAGAGCUGUGACUGAGAGCAUAAACCAGCUCAUCACUCUGUGCACCCAGCAAGCUCCUGGCCAGAAGGAAUGUGACAAUGCCCUCAGAGAACUGGAGACAGUUAAGGGGAUGCUGGACAAUCCCAACGAGCCUGUGAGUGAUCUCUCCUAUUUUGAUUGUAUUGAGGGCGUCAUGGAAAACUCAAAGGUUCUCGGAGAGUCAAUGGCGGGCAUUUCCCAGAACGCAAAAACUGGGGAUCUUUUGGUCUUUGGAGAAUGUGUUGGAGUCGCCUCCAAGGCUCUUUGUGGCCUCACAGAGGCAGCAGCUCAGGCCGCUUACCUGGUUGGUAUCUCGGAUCCAAACAGUCAGGCUGGUCAGCAGGGUCUUGUUGACCCAAUCCAAUUCGCCAGAGCCAACCAAGCAAUCCAGAUGGCUUGCCAGAAUUUGGUGGAUCCAGCAAGCAGCCCAUCACAGGUGUUGUCAGCUGCCACCAUCGUGGCCAAGCACACAUCAGCGCUGUGCAACGCGUGCCGCAUCGCCUCCUCCAAAACCGCCAACCCCGUGGCCAAGAGGCACUUCGUGCAGUCUGCCAAGGAGGUGGCCAACAGCACUGCCAACCUGGUCAAGACCAUCAAGGCCCUGGACGGAGAUUUCUCUGAAGAGAACCGUAACAAGUGCAGAAUUGCCACUGCCCCUUUGAUAGAGGCUGUGGAAAACCUGACAGCAUUUGCCUCCAAUCCAGAGUUUGUCAGCAUCCCAGCACAGAUCAGCACUGAGGGGUCACGAGCCCAGGAGCCCAUCCUGGUCUCUGCCAAGACGAUGCUGGAGAGCUCCUCGCUGCUGAUCAAAACUGCCCGUUCCUUGGCCAUCAACCCCAAGGACCCUCCCACCUGGUCAGUGCUGGCCGGGCACUCCCACACGGUCUCAGACUCCAUCAAGAGCCUCAUCACCUCCAUCAGGGACAAGGCCCCAGGGCAGCGAGAAUGUGACUUCUCCAUCGACGGCAUCAACAGGUGCAUCAGGGACAUCGAGCAGGCGUCCCUGGCCGCUGUCAGCCAGAGCCUGGCCACCAGGGAUGACAUCUCCGUGGAGGCCCUGCAGGAGCAGCUGACAUCAGUGGUGCAGGAAAUCGGGCACCUCAUCGAUCCCAUAGCCACGGCAGCCCGGGGAGAGGCGGCUCAGCUGGGGCACAAGGUGACACAGCUGGCAAGUUACUUUGAACCCCUGGUUUUAGCUGCAGUUGGUGUGGCAUCCAAGACACUAAACCAUCAGCAGCAGAUGACUGUGUUGGACCAGAGCAAGACACUCGCAGAAUCUGCCUUACAGAUGCUGUAUGCUGCCAAGGAAGGGGGAGGAAACCCCAAGGCCUCUCACACUCACGAUGCCAUCACUGAGGCUGCCCAGCUGAUGAAGGAGGCUGUGGAUGACAUCAUGGUCACCCUCAAUGAAGCUGCAAGUGAAGUUGGCAUGGUCGGGGGUAUGGUGGACUCGAUUGCAGAGGCAAUGAGCAAGCUGGAUGAAGGUUCACCUCCAGAUCCCAAGGGAACCUUUGUUGAUUAUCAGACCACUGUGGUGAAAUAUUCCAAAGCCAUUGCUGUAACAGCACAGGAAAUGAUGACUAAGUCGGUUACUAACCCGGAGGAGUUGGGAGGACUGGCCUCGCAGAUGACCAAUGACUAUGGGCAUCUGGCUCUGCAGGGCCGGAUGGCUGCGGCUACGGCAGAACCAGAGGAGAUCGGGUUCCAGAUCAGGACUCGGGUGCAGGAGCUUGGCCACGGCUGCAUCUUCCUUGUGCAGAAAGCUGGAGCUCUGCAGAUUUGCCCUACGGACAGUUACACCAAGAGGGAGCUGAUCGAGUGUGCUCGCGCUGUCACAGAGAAGGUGUCCUUGGUUCUGUCUGCCCUCCAGGCAGGGAACAAAGGCACCCAAGCCUGUAUCACUGCUGCCAGUGCCGUGUCAGGGAUCAUCGCAGACCUGGACACCACCAUCAUGUUUGCCACUGCUGGCACCCUCAAUGCUGAGAACAACGAGUCCUUCGCAGAUCACAGGGAAAAUAUCCUGAAAACAGCAAAAGCUUUAGUUGAAGACACAAAACUGUUGGUUUCUGGUGCUGCCUCAAGUCAGGACAAACUGGCCCAAGCAGCUCAGUCCUCAGCCAACACCAUCACUCAGCUCGCUGAGGUGGUAAAACUGGGAGCAGCAAGCUUGGGAUCCGAUGAUCCUGAAACACAGGUUGUCCUCAUCAACGCCAUCAAGGAUGUUGCCAAGGCCCUCUCUGAUCUCAUUGGUGCUACCAAAGGAGCUGCCAGCAAACCAGCAGAUGAUCCCUCCAUGUACCAGCUGAAAGGAGCUGCCAAGGUGAUGGUAACAAAUGUCACCUCCCUUUUGAAGACUGUGAAAGCAGUGGAAGAUGAAGCCACUCGAGGGACGAGAGCUCUCGAGGCCACCAUCGAGUACAUCAAGCAGGAGCUGACGGUGUUCCAGUCCAGCGAGGUUCCAGAGAAGACAUCAUCCCCCGAGGAGUCCAUCCGGAUGACGAAGGGGAUCACCAUGGCAACGGCCAAAGCUGUUGCAGCUGGGAACUCGUGCAGGCAGGAGGAUGUGAUCGCUACAGCCAACCUGAGCCGCAAGGCGGUCGCUGACAUGCUGACAGCCUGCAAGCAAGCGUCGUUCCACCCUGAUGUGAGCCAAGAGGUUCGAGAGAGAGCCCUGCGCUUUGGCACGGAGUGCACCCUGGGGUACCUGGAGCUCCUGGAACACGUGCUCCUGAUCCUGCAGAAGCCAACUCCAGAGCUGAAGCACCAGUUGGCCUCGCUGUCCAAGCGCGUGGCGGGUGCCGUGACAGAGCUCAUCCAGUCAGCAGAGGCCAUGAAGGGGACAGAGUGGGUGGAUCCCGAAGACCCCACGGUGAUUGCAGAGACAGAGCUGCUGGGGGCUGCAGCGUCCAUUGAGGCUGCAGCAAAGAAGUUGGAGCAGCUGAAACCGAGAGCCAAGCCCAAGCAAGCAGAUGAGACUCUGGAUUUUGAAGAGCAGAUCCUGGAAGCAGCUAAAUCCAUUGCAGCUGCUACCAGUGCCCUGGUGAAGUCGGCUUCAGCAGCCCAGAGGGAACUGGUGGCCCAGGGAAAGGUUGGAGCAAUCCCUGCCAACGCAGCUGACGAUGGACAGUGGUCUCAGGGACUCAUUUCCGCUGCCCGGAUGGUGGCAGCUGCAACCAGCAACCUGUGCGAAGCAGCCAACGCCUCGGUGCAGGGCCACGCCAGCGAGGAGAAGCUCAUCUCCUCUGCCAAGCAAGUGGCAGCUUCCACGGCACAGCUGCUGGUGGCUUGCAAGGUGAAGGCUGAUCACGACUCCGAGGCCAUGAGGAGGCUGCAGGCUGCAGGCAACGCUGUCAAACGUGCAUCAGACAAUCUUGUGAGGGCAGCCCAGAAAGCAGCUUUUGGCAAAGCAGAGGACGACGACGUCGUGGUCAAAACCAAGUUCGUGGGUGGCAUCGCUCAGAUCAUUGCAGCCCAGGAAGAAAUGCUGAAGAAGGAGAGAGAGCUGGAAGAAGCAAGGAAAAAGCUGGCCCAGAUCCGCCAACAGCAAUACAAAUUCCUGCCCACGGAGCUGAGGGAAGAUGAGGGUUAACCUGCUGAGAUUUUCUUCCUUUUUUGUUUUGUCUUUUUUUUUUUCUUGCCUUUUUUUUUUGUGUUUUUUUUUUUUUCUUUUAAAGAAAUAAGCUAAAGGGGGGACAGCACACUGAGAACUGCUCUGCCAGCAUACUGGCAUGCCAAGCACUUAGCUGAACAACUGCCUGUCACAGCUUUGGAUGAGCAGAGGGCAGUGACCACUUGUCCUUUCCCAUCUGCUCAGCUGAGGUGCAUCAUGAUCAAAUAAUGGUACAGUGUUAGGUUCAUCAUUCCUGUUCCUUCCUUGACUUAUAUCUCAGGAGAGAAUGUCUCGCUUUUUACUAAAGAUACGAAGUCAGUAUUAUUGUCACUCGCCUGAUGCUUGAGGUGUUGAUCGCUCCUGGACUCGGAGGACGUCCGUGCUGUUAGUGGGAAAACAGUCAAGAAAUCUUUGCUGUGCUCAAUCUCCCGUGAGCUGGGGGUGCUCCCCCAGCCCCCCCUGUGAAAAGAAGCCCAGGGUGCAGAAGGAGGUGUGGCUGAGUGGAGAACACGCUUGGAAGAAGAUGCCUGUCCUGUCAGUGUUACACACCUGGCUCACCCCACAACUGGAGGAGUGGUCUCUGCACCUGUUUGCACUAGUAGUGUUACUCCUCACCUGAUACCAACAAGCUUCUGCUUGGACAGUAUUUAGGUUUACAAGAUGUGGCAAUAGCCAUUCUGUAAAGAGCUCAGAAAACAAAGAAAUGGAAACCUUGUCACUGCCUCAAUAAUAGCAGGUUCAUGGAAGAAAAUGCUGUUGUCAAUUAUAUACCUCUGAUGUGUGACUACUUUUGCAGUAUUAUACACACAUACACGUGCUCUAACAUGGGACUGAAUGGUUUGCCUUUUGUUUUUUUAAUUGCAAUGCUCUGGUUCGUGCUGUGGUGUUUCUGUCAGAAUGUAUGCCAGUUAAAAAAGGGAAAUGCCCAGUACAGCAGAAGACUAUCACAACCCUUCUUAUUCUUCGAAUAAUUUACAUUUAUAAUGAUUAUGCUUUGAAACCUGUGGGAAUUGUAGGAGAAAACAAUAAGUGAAUGACGAGUAGACUCUUCCUGUAAUAUAUUUUUUAAGAAUUUGGACUCUAGGGAGUUUGUUUUCAUAGUUGCUAUUGAUGAAAAUGUAUCCACCAAGGCAUUGCAGAGAAGGAACAGCAGCAAUCUAUCAGCAAUCUUUGUCUUCAGCUGCAGAAAGGUACAGUAUGCUCUCAACAUCUCAGUUGUGACCUAAACAAUAGCAAUUUGGGUAGAGUAACCCAUCUUACUCUGUCCAAGAGAGAACACCAAUCACAGCAACUUCAACUAGAAAAGCUAAACUGUUUGCCUGACUACAGAAACACCACCACCAAUUGCCAACACGUCUCCAGCUCCACCUGAGCCCUUCCAAACCACAAUGGCAAGUCUGUUUGGCCCAAAGGAUGUUGCCCCUCCAGCCCUUCUGAAGGCUGUGCUGUCCUUGAGAUCCCUGCCAGGAGCGCUCAGCUGAGCCUGUUUGGCAGGGACACCCCUGCCUGGCUGUCACUGUUGCAGAAGACACUUGUCCUGUAGGCUCCAAGUAACCCUGUAGUGGUAGGUUUAUCAGUUUAGGUAGUGCUAACUCCUCUUUUAAGUUACCUGCAUGAGAUAGAGUUAUCAGGAAUUUUGUCACGCUAGUGUUAAAUAUAUAGCAAAAAACUGCUAGAGAAUGAAUACAUAUUCAAGUGUACAGAGUUUUUUACUGUUAGAGUCUCUUCUCUGAUACUGAUGUAUUUCAGACUCAGUAGAGUUGCUGGAGAAUCCACAAUCAUGAGAGGGGAACAAAAAAUUGGCCUUUCCCCACUGGAAUCCCUGGCAGUGCCAGCUGUGCUGUGACGUGUAGGUUGUGUGCACAUCAAACCCUCAACUAUCCAUGUGCAAUUCCCAGUCCUGUGAUUUUUCCACUUCAGCACAAUCAGUUGGGUUGGUUUUCAUUCAUCUCACUGUGAACAGCGUCACAGAAUCUCAACUCCCACACCAAGGAAAAGGCUUCCUGGAAAGUUUCAGGCAGAAGGCUAAACUGGUGUUUAUUGCUGUAAGACUUAAAUAAAGACAGCUCUAGUGAUGGGCAUUUUCUGCUGCUGUUGGUGGAUUCAGUUCUUUGCAGCUUCUUAUGUCUUUCUCCUUUUUUCCCUGGAUGGCCUCACAUUCCCAUCUCUUUUUUUGGAAAGGUCUGCCAGACAGAUUUGUUACUGCUUCCCUUUCACCCUGUGUUUAACCUCUUCUCUGAUCUCCUUGAAGCAUGAAGGAAGAUGAUACUGCCUUGAAUAAGACACCACUGUUUUAUUGUAGCUGUGAUACUGUUGUCAUAUCUUUUGGUCAGGAUGGUGUUUGCCAGUUUGAUACAAGCCAAAAACCUGGUGGAAUGCAACUAUGAAUGGAGAUACAGCUAGAAAACUGUCUCAGUAUGUGGAAGGACAGAGCAUGUUCCAAUUGUGUUCCAGAGACAAUUGUUUGGGAAGUCCAUUUUAGCACAGUUCUUCUGAGACUUCCCUGUUUCUGAUUUAAUGCCCCCUCUUAUCUGACAGAAAGUGUUUUCCCCUUGGCUGGGGCUCCAGGGAGGAACCACAGUCAGAUGAAUGGCUGAGCUGGACAACUGAAGUAUUUUUGUACUCAGAAUUUCGGGUCUUGGUUUGUGAACCAUGAAGAGAAUAUGAGGUCACCUAAAGGCUUUCUAUUUGGAUUUUUUUUCUUGCUGUUAUGAUUUGCAGUGUCACUGAAGUCCACGUGUGAAUGUCUGGGGAGUUUGGGACUGGUCCGUGCGUUCCUUUGGCGUGGGGGACUUGCAGCAGGAAGUGACAAGUUGGAGUGAGGGGUCGAUGCUAAUUAAUCAGAAGGACAGAUGUUUACUUUGUUCUGUUAACUUGUGAAAUGGUAAAUGAGCUCUGUUGUAUCUCACCCUUCUUCAUGUGGAAUUCACUUUAAGAAUUGUAUGCAAAUUAAAAACAAAAUGCCUCAAA